AUGGCAGGCAUGCGAAUCGAUGCUGAAUCUGUUAUCAGCGAUGUCCAGUUGGCGAACCAGACUGCAAUGGCGCAUAUUGCUGACAGCAGUUACAGCUCCGACGACGAUCUAAGCGAUAGCGAGGCAAAGCAGGCAGAGAAGCUGUACCGUGAAAUUGCGGAUAGACUGACAGAGAUUGGCAAGCAGCUGCACGAACAAUGGCUAAAAGACAGUGAACGCGACUAUUCUGAAAAUGGGUCAGUGCUCGACCAGGAAAUCGUCGGUCGGAAGCUUGAAGAGCUCAAGAUGUUUGCCGAGCACUUGCGAAAGGCUGGCAAGAACCGGGCAGGCCUGCUGGCACGCAUAGCAGAGCCCCUGGCCAAAGACCACUGGCUGGUGGAGCCUGAAUUCCACCAGCAGUUUGUCGAUACGUUCCGCACAAUAAGCAGCCUUGUCAGCAACCUGCCAAGAAUCGCAGAGGCGGCGUCAGCAGCAAGUCACAGCUCGGAGUUUCUGGAGCUGAAGGCCGCCGAGGGUGAGGAGCAAACACGGACGCGGCAGAUCGCACAGAUCGAGAGACUGAUCCACCAAGUCGAGCAGGCAAACGAAUGGCUGAAGUCGGAUGCACAGGACGGAUUUGUGCUUACGAGUUUUGUUUCGGAUAGUGCUCAAUAA